AUGGUGGGUGAUAAUAAAUCCUCAAUAACUGAUUUCAUUCUUAUGGGACUCUUUCCUGAGUUUCAGCAUGCCAUUAUUCUCAACUCCAUAAUCAUCUUCAUCUACAUUCUUGCCUUCCUGGGGAACACACUUCUGAUUGUCUUGAUUUCAGGCGACUCCAGGCUACAUACCCCCAUGUACAUUCUCCUCAGUCAGCUCUCCCUUAUUGAUUUGACAUUGACUUCUACCAUUGUCCCCAAAAUGGCCUACAACUUUUUCAUGGAGGAAAGGACCAUAUCAUGGAUUGGCUGUGGGACUCAAAGUUUCUUUUUUCUGAUGUUAGGAAUGUCAGAGUGCCUCAUCUUGACCCUCAUGGCUUAUGAUCGCUAUGUAGCUGUCUGUUACCCACUGCGCUAUCCCACCAUCAUGAGCCCCAGGUUCUGUCUGCACAUGGUUGCUGCCUGCUGGAUUGGAGGUUCCAUAAGCUCAUUUAUACACACAGUGUACCCUAUGCAUUUCCCCAUUUGUGGGUCAAGAGAGAUCCACCACUUCUUCUGUGAGGUCCCAGUCCUCAUUAAACUCUCCUGUGAAGACACUUCAGUGUAUCAAUUAGUGGUGGUUGUGACAAGCAUUGUGCUGCUUGUUGUACCUUUCAGUCUCAUCACAGCUUCCUACACUCUCAUUUUCCUCACUGUCCUCCGUAUGAACUCUGUCAAGGGCAGGAAAAAAGUCUUGGCCACAUGUUCUUCCCACUUAACUGUGGUGAGUCUCUUCUUUGGUCCAAAUAUAUUCAUCUACAUGUCUUUCACUUCAACUCAUAGUGCAGAGCAGGACCAAGCUCUUUCUGUUUUCAGCAACAUUCUCACCCCAAUGUUGAAUCCUCUCAUCUACAGCCUGAGGAACAAGGAGGUGGUAGCAGCACUCAAGAAGCUGCUGUGGAGAUGUAUGGUCUUAGUCAGUGACUAA